UCUCUUGCUUUGUAUGUAGAAGCUAAAAGUCUCCUUUUCUGUUUUCUUGCCACAUUUUGCGGCAAGUUGUCUGACUUGAGAACUGAGAUCAAGGGAUCAAGGAGCAUCAAAAACAAGUUACUUGUCUGGUGUUUAAGUUGUCUGACCUGAGAACUGAGAUCAAGUGAUUAAGGAACAUCAAAACAAACACUGGUGUCUCUGCAUUCUGUGAUCCAGUGUGGCCUCCAAAGCUGACUGUCCGGUCUUUCCGGUAAGAUUGCCAUUACAUUGCAAAUUGUCCUGUACACAAACAUGAUAAACAUUAUUAGGGAGUUCUCCUUAGUGAUCUCAUGAACCUGUGCAGAUUGUUUACAAAUGUGUGUUUUCUGUUUUAAACCGAUGCAUAAGCAAUAAAGCGCAAAAGCAGUUGUAAUCUCUUUUUCCUUUAUGUAAUUUUAUGCAGUGAAAACUGUACAACUUUCAAAUAGAGGUCAUUUACCCAAAUACUACCCAACACACAUGUGAUUAUUUUGUGUGCAAUAUCUCCACUAUGUACAAUAAUUCCUGUAGAUUUAACAAAUGCCUUAUAUCAUAACUUCUUACAUAUGUAUUUUGUUUAUUUCUUUCAUUUGACCACCAGCUGACUGCUGAGCACAAGAAGUCCAAUCAUUAAUCAUGAUGCCCCAAGAAAAAACAAGCCUCCGUUUUGUCACCUGGAACACUAAUGGUAUAAGAAGCCCAGAUGAAAAGUUUUCAAAUGUGUUGCGGAGUCUCCGUAAAAUUCAGGCUGAUAUUGUCUUUAUACAAGAGACACGUGUAGGGCCAGAUUGUUACAGAAUCUUCACAGACUUGGUACCAUUUCCUUAUCAUAAAGAUUGGAAAGUCUACUUCACUGUACACAGCCCUAAAAGCAAAGGAGUUGCAAUACUGAUAAAAAACAACAUACCAUUUGAAUACAUAUGCCAUGAUGAGGAUUGUAGUGGAGGUUACAUUGUGCUCUUCUGUCAUCUGUAUGGUGAACUGCACACUCUUGUUAAUGUGUACAAUCAUAAGGCAGACAGACUUGUCUUAGGUAGAUUAAAAGAAUAUCUGUUGGAGACAGCUGAGGGUGUACUAGUGGUUGGAGGUGAUUUCAACACAGUUUUACAUCCCAGCUUUGAUCGGAGACCUUCAGCUUUAAGGCCUUCAACAUUUAGAGAUCUUUUAGAAGACUUUACUGUUUCUCUGAAUCUCAGAGACACCUGGUCAUACUUAUGCUAUGCUGAUGAGGGCUUUACACGAAGUCAGAAUGAGAGUCACUCCAGAAUAGACAUGUUUUUCUUGCACAAUGACACACUGGUACGAGCACGUACUAUCACUGUACAGGACAAUGACAUUUCUGAUCAUAAUCAAGUUGUCCUGGAACUUGAAGUGCAGCAACAGACGGAAAAAACAUUUCCAAAAGUUUCCUUGCUUUUUAAGCAAAUUCCAAAUAACAGAACACCCAACAGGAUAUCAGGGAAGAUUAGUGGGGCAGAAAUCCUGAGUGCCAUCAAGACUUUGGCUGACUCACAAGAACAAAGACCUGGUGAAAAGCAAGUGGGCUACUAUAAAAGCAAUCGGUGCCAAGUGACAGAAAGCUUAAAGAUAACUUACAACAACAUGUUAAAGACAAAUCAUGUAUCUGAAGCUUUUAAAGAAUCUUAUCAUUCACAAGACAGAUAUGUCUUCAGUGCAGAAUAUUUGAUAUUCUCUCAAAUUUUAGCCAAGCGACUUAGUGCAUACAUUUCCCCCUAUAUCAAGGAAAAGCCAGAAAAAAAUCUUGAUAAAUUUCUCACUGUGACAUUUGAGAAAGGCAUACAAGAGAUUACGUUUUCUUUCCUUGAGACAAGCCGUGAACUUCAUAAAGACUUGAGGUCCUCUGUCCCCCCAACCAAGUUCCGUAUUCUGGGGCGCCUUCUUCCAGAAGUCCAAGGCUCUUCUGGGAAACUCAGACAUUUGCUGCCUGGCUGUCCACUUACCAACACUAUCCUUAAUUUAGCUCUGAAUAAGCUAGAUUGGAUUCUCAAUAGUGAGAAGAAGUGCAGGAGUAGUGUUUGUUUCCACAGACAGGCUCUGCUCAUACAUGCACACCCGAGCAAACAGGAGCGAGUUGUUUGGCUAAUUGAGAAAUUCCAGGAAGAUUCAGGAAUUAAAUUUAAAAGACAAUUUCAUAGAUAGAGACUGAGAUGAUUAAAACACACAAAUGUAUGUUACAGCUAGAUUACAUUUAUACAUUUACUGUGGUAGGAUUACAAAAUAUCCAGACACGACCAAGACAAACUAUUUAAUUUUAUGUUGUUAUCCUGACUUUAAAAUACUUUAUUGAUGUACAGCACUACCUAGAUACUAAAUAUUUUGAGAAUUAUUAAAGGGCUUUUCAACAGCAACCAUUUGAAGAAUAUUAAGCAUAUGACAAGUUCUGUACAACAUCUGCAUUGCAAAUUGAAAUUGCAUUUAAACCUCCGUCAGAGGUGCAUUUAUUUUUUCAUGUCUGACCAAAAAUUAUAUAU